AUGGCCAACUCCGAGAACGAGGAGUAUGAGGAGACGAAUAAUGUUGAAGAAAGCGGGACAGCCGUCCCUGGCGCUCCUACCCCGCUGAGCGCUCUUGAAGGAGUUGGCGGUAUCACAAAACGAGACAUCCAGCUCAUCACUCAAGGGGGGUAUUAUACUGUCGAAUCGGUCGCGUACACUCCCCAGAGAGUGCUUGAGCAGAUUCCUGGUAUCUCAUCAGCCAAGGCAGGUCGCAUUCUUGCAGAAGCCUCCAAGCUUGUCCCAAUGGGCUUCACCACGGCUACGGAAAUGCACCAACGCCGAAGCGAGCUCAUCUGUAUCACAACUGGCUCCAAGAAUCUCGACAACCUCCUUGCUGGUGGCAUCGAGACCGGCAGUGUGACCGAGAUCUUCGGCGAGUUCAGAACUGGCAAGUCCCAAAUCUGCCAUACACUCGCCGUAACAUGUCAGCUACCGUUCGAGAUGGGCGGUGGUGAGGGUAAAUGCUUGUACAUUGAUACAGAAGGUACCUUUCGCCCUGUCCGUCUCCUCGCCGUCGCAAAUCGGUACGGCCUCUCUGGCGAAGAGGUCCUCGACAAUGUGGCCUAUGCCCGAGCAUAUAACUGCGAUCAUCAGCUGCAGCUGCUCAACCAGGCGGCAGCCAUGAUGUGCGAGACACGAUUCAGCCUCGUGAUCGUUGACUCGGCUACAGCGUUGUACCGGACAGAUUUUGUCGGGCGUGGCGAGCUGAGUUCGCGGCAAACUCAUCUUGCCAAGUUCAUGCGUACUCUCCAGCGUCUUGCUGACGAAUUUGGUGUUGCGGUUGUUAUCACCAAUCAGGUCGUCUCUCAGGUUGAUGGUGGUCCGGCGUCCAUGUUCAAUCCAGACCCUAAAAAGCCCAUUGGUGGCAACAUCAUUGCACAUGCUAGCACAACACGGAUCAGCCUGAAAAAGGGCCGCGGCGAGACAAGAAUUGCCAAGAUCUAUGACAGUCCUUGCCUCCCGGAGAGCGAUUGUUUGUUUGCCAUCAAUGAGGAUGGCAUCGGGGACCCGAACCCGAAGGAUCUGGAGAAGUUCAAGGACUGA